CUGUCAAAACUUCUCGCAAGCGAUGGGAUUAUUUUCACUCCGCACUACAGAUGACUGCUAAUAGCAAAUUUAGAUGAAAUGAUUAACAUUUGAAGUAUUUUUUUUAGACCAAUCUUUGGAAAAUCAUAAUUUAUGGAUGAAAGCGAGCGUUACUCUUCUCUCAGACAUUGAAAUACCUCAAAUACCAUGACGACAGACAGUAAUUUAGACGGGUGGGAGAGCCGUCUUCUUGUUUUUGACCGUUCUGGCAGCGGAUUGGUGCACUCGUUUGUCUUGGACCAAUCAUGUGCGUCGUUUAAAGACAACUCGGCGAUCACCGAGUCCUGGGUACAAACCAAGAGUUUUGUAGAUUUUGCAGUGGUAUCUCAUGAGAAUAAACUGUACAUAACGGGAGGCUAUAACACUGAUGUAAGAAGACACACCAAGAGAGUUUUAAGAUACGACCCUGUGCUCGACGAGUGGUCGGAAAACUUCCCACCGAUGCUCAAGUCUAGGUGCAUGCACCAGGCGCUCGUGUUUGACGACAGGAUUCACGUUAUAGGUGGCAGAGAAAAAACGGACGGCAGGACGACGUCCUGCUGUGACGUAUACCAGCCUGGGGCCGAGACGUGGGAAAAAGGGUCCGGCCUCAUAGGACCACGUGCUAACCACGCAUGCGCCACAAUGGGCCAGGAGAUGUACUGCUCAGGGGGAUGGAAUAAUGACGUGCCACACGAAAAUAUGUGGGUUUAUGAACGCGACAAGUGGAGACAGAUGGACCAUGACUGCCCACCGAAACUGACACAGAAUUUAGAAAGGCACUGCAUGGUGGGGGUGGAUGGGAUAUUAUACUUUAUUGGAGGCAUCACCUACAGCCGAGGGCAGGAUGACAAGUUAUCGAAGAAGACAUUGUCUGCAGUGGAAGCAUUCAAAUUCAGACUGCCCUACUCAGAGCUGAGUGCCGUGGAUAUGAUCACGCCAUGGGUGCGCAAUCUACCGCCCAUGACGUACCCAAGACACAGCGCGGCUUCCUUGGUGCUUGGAAAGAAGAUCUUCAUGAUUGGCGGUAGCGACACAGACACUAAUGAAGAGGUAAAAACAGUGGAGGCGUUCGACCUGGAAAAUAACACUUGGGAGCAAGUUUUUACACUUAAGCCAGAUGGCUUUUCUAAUGUCACGUGUGCCAUAUUAAAAUUCCCUCCAGAACCGGAACCACCUGAUCCUUACGCAGACGUAAAAAAGCUCACAGAAAGAUGGGUUCUUUGGUGAC